UCCUCCUCCUCCUUCAACCAAACCUUCAGCCUCCUCUUCCCUCCUCCCUCCUCCUCCUCCUCCUCCUCCUCCUUCCCCCUCUCCCCCUCCGGCCCCCCCGAGGGGGGCGACGACGCGGGGGUCCUGGAGAGCAUGCUGCUGUGGACCCUCCGCGAGCCCGCCACCAUCGCCCUCACGCUCAUGUACUGCGCGUCCUUCGCGCUGGGCUUCGCCGGGAACCUCAUGUCCCUGCACGUGCUGACGGGCCGCGGCAGCCGGCGGCGCCGCCUGUCCGGGGUCAGCGCCACGCGCAGCCUGCUGGUCAACCUGGCGGUGUGCGACCUGGCCGUGGUGUGCGUGUGCAUGCCCGUCACCCUGGGCAUCCAGAUCUACCGGGCGUGGGUGUACGGCGACCUGCUGUGCCGCGCCGUGCCCUUCACGCAGGCCGUGUCCGUGUCGGCCAGCGUGCUCACGCUGACGGUGAUCAGCGUGAACCGCUACUACAGCGUGCGCUCGCCGCUGCGCGCCCGCUCCCUGUUCACCCGCCGCCGCACGUGGGCCACGGUGGGCGCGGUGUGGGCGGCGUCGUCCGCCAUGUGCGCGCCGCUGGCCGUCAUGAACCGCCGCCGCGAGGUCAGCUUCGGGAGCUUCUCCAUCCUGGUGUGCCAGGAGGAGUGGCCGCAGCCCAGGCUCAAGCAGGGGUACAACGUGGUUCUGUUCGUGGCCCUCUACUGCCUGCCAGUCACGUUUAACCUCAUCAUCAGCUUCCUCACCGGCAGGCGUCUCUGGGCGGGCAGGAAGUCGACCUUCUCCGAUCUGGAUCCCCGGAGCCAAGCGCUGCACAACUCCCGCCUCAAGAUGCGCCAGAAGAUCGCCAAGAUGGUGGUGUGUCUGGUGCUGCUGUUCGCCGUGUCCUGGCUGCCCCUCUACCUGGCCGACCUCUGGAUCGACCGCGAGGAGAGGCCCCCGUCCUGGCUCCUCCAGACCCGUCCCUUUGUCCAGUGGCUGGGCCUCACCAACUCCAGCCUCAACCCCAUCUGCUACUGCUUCAUCGGUAACAUCUACCGCUCGGCCAGGGUCCUACGGACGCGCUACUGCAAGAAGGCGGCCGCCCUUUUCCCCUCGGCCUCGCUCAACCACUCCCCCGCCACGACCACCGUCGACGCCACCCUCAUCGCGUCGGACCGCAGCCACGUCGCCGCGGCGACGGGCGCCACGUCGUUGGCCGGCGUGCCCGGGCUGCUGGGCCUGGCUCGCGGCCAGGGACUGGGGAUCAGGCUGGGGCUCGGGCUGGGGAAGAGGAGAGGGGCGGCUGGGGACCACCGCCUCAGCGCGGACGGCAGCCGGGGGUCGGAGCACAGCGUCUCCGACUGGUACCAGUCCAACCCCAGCGUGUGUGGGGUGGACGGGGGGGGCUCCCCGGCCGACGGGCCCCUCCAGGGCCUCCGGUGCCCGGGGCUGUACGGUGCCUCUUUGCUGCCCGCAAGAAGACAUUCUGAGAAUGGGAGAAUGGAGGAAUUACCCCUGCAGGUGCAGUCUGUGGAGUAUGACACAUUGCCGGAGAGGAGGCAUUCGGGGGACACAUCUGUUUGCUUAUAGCAAAGACAUUUUUCGCUGCAGAUCUGAACACUGCUGUUACCCUUGGUUGCUAGAACCUGAACAAAUAUUAAAUAAGGAAAUUACAUUUGAAUAUAUCUAAUUGGAGAGGGUUACACCCUUUACGAUGAAAAUGUGAUUGCUUUAGCAUAGGUGACAGCCAUUUCAAUGAAGAGAGAGACGGUUGAAUAUAAAAAAGAUCAAAACAUUCGUAAAGGAAAAUAGCCUUAAAAGUUACAACAGAAGUGAUUGCUGACUUCUCAGUACAAGCAAGCUUCAGUUUCUACUCAAUUAUUUCUUUGGGCGAUGUGGGGUAUGUGUGUGAAGAAUUGUAAUAUUUGUUUUCAUUGUUAAUCAAACGGUUUUGGAUAAUAACCACUAUAUCAACACAUAAAGGCAUGUUGGCUGUUUGUGCAGCAUUACUUAGAGAGAAGCGAAUGUCCGGCCAUUUUUGUGGUACGCAAUUACAAGUGUAUAUGAGGGAUGUAAGGAAGAUGUCGUAUCGCUUCCACACAAAAGGGAACAGUGCACGUUACAAAUAGCUAAACGUUAGUGAGUAGAUGUUUUAUGUCGUUUUGUGAAACCAAGUGUGACCGACUUUAUAUUAACUGUUAAUGACUGCAUAAAAUCGGUCUGGCUUCUUACGGAGCCAGGCUGAGUCUUUAAGCGUCUGGGGUUUUCUCUGUUUCGCUGCCGCUUCAGUGGAUUGAUGUCUUCAAGCACGUGUGGACAAUGUGAGAUUCUCUCUCCCUUGUGCAGGGAUGGUGAUCCUAGCCCUGCAAAGAGAGGAGUGCCGGAGCGUUUUGUGCCUAUCCAGAGUGCUAGGAAAAACAUAACCUUCAGGUGGUUGGUUCAAGUAGGGAAACUCUACUCGAAGUAAGGAUUCUAUCAAACAGAACAAACAAUUGCCUCCCGCCAGAUGGACAAUCUCUCAUUCUAUUCGAGAACAUUGAGUGUUUAUUUUGCUACUUUAUUAUACAUUGUGAUGCUGUUGAAUGUAUUUGUUAUCAUGUGUUAUUGUAAUCACACUUUUAUUUGAAGCCACCUUGUUAGUAAUACUAUUGGUUUUUAGUGCUAGUUAUAUUGCACUUGUAUUGCAGUUACAAACAAAUGGUCACAAAGUGAGGAAAACUGGUAGUGGUCAUUUGUUGUGAAAUAAAAUAUAUUUAGAAAAGUUAUAAUACAACAAAAAAUUAUUGAUUUAAAUAUAAUAUUAAGUGUUAGGGCCAAUAUGCAAAUACUGUUUGUUGACUCAAAUAAGUGGAUCAGAGGAUGAACCUUGAGACGGAGUGCCACUAAAAUAGCUAUAUACUAUAGAAUAGUGAUUUGAAGGUAGGGAAGGCAAAUCAUAUUUGAAGCAUUUUUGGUUGUAUUUGUUCUUUUUA